UAGAUGUCUUUUUGGAUAUUUCACAACACAUCUCUUCCUUUAAACAGAUUCACAUGAUGACAUGAGUUUUAAAUGCAAUCAUAAUAUUCUUUUUCCUCAUUCUUGAUUUCAUGGUUUGAUUUGUCUAUCAUAUAAAAUAGUGCAUGUAUUGUGCAAGGGAGGUGGGAUAAAAUCGCAUUUAGUGGAGCCAGAAUCUUUGAAGCACUUGGUAGUUGACCACAUUACAGAGAAAAUAACGUCCUUCUCUUCUCCUUCCUCUUCUUCUUCAGAAGAAGUGAGAGAAAAAGAAAGGAAGAAAUGUCAGUGAGUAUUACUAUGACCGCAGGCGGAACUUCAAAAGGGUCCCACAACGUUUUCGUUUAUGGAAGUCUUUUGGCCGACGACGUCGUUCAAGUCUUACUCAACCGUGUUCCUGCUUCCUCUGCUGCUAUCCUCCCUAAUUACCAUCGAUUUAGCAUCAAAAAUCGUGUUUAUCCAGCAAUUUUGCCUGUUGACAACAAGAAAGUGCUUGGAAGGGUUUUGACGGGGGUCACAAAUCUUGAGUUGGAUAUUCUGGAUGUAUUUGAGGAUGUUGAGUAUGUUAGAGAUACAGUAGAAGUCACUCUUGCGGACAACUUGGAGAAGCUGCAGGCGUAUGCAUAUGUGUGGGAUGAUAAAAAUGAUCCAGAUUUAUAUGGAGAUUGGGACUUUGAGAAAUGGAAACCUACUCAUAUGAAGGAUUUUAUCGAGAUGACUAAGGAAUUUGUGGAUGAACUUGAGCAAUCGGAAACAAGGUCAAGGGUGGAGACAUAUAAUUCCUUUUAUCAAUCUGGCGAUAACAAGCCACCGGAGCUCUGAUCUGGGUCAUUUUCCAAGUGUGUGUUCAGAUCUGCUCCACAGCUUUAGCAUCUCUUCUUAAUAUUGUAUUCCUGUACAGUAGUUUCUUGGCUGAUUUCUGGUGCCAUUAUUAGAUUUAGUCAUUUAUUAUAAAAAAUUCUAAAUGGGGAAAAUUUACUCACAAUAAAUUGACAUGAAUUGAGAGUUGGCUGCCUUUUUUCA